AUGACAAUUGAUCUUUAUAUAUUUGCAGCUAGUUCGGCUCUCACGGGUCUGGUAUUUUAUUAUUUGGCUGGAGCAGAAUGGUCACUUUGGCAUUUGUUUGCGAUUCCACUGUAUACAUUUGUCUUUGUUGUUUUCUUAUCAUUGAGUAUUAUAAAACGUUUUAAAUCUUUAUCGAAGCCGUUGCAAUCAUUAACAAAAAUAAUUCGUCAAGAAAAAAAUGGAAUUACAAUUGUUUUUGGUUCAGUUACAGGAAAUUGUCGAACAUUUGCUCAAUUAACUUAUGAUAAAUUAUCGAAAGAAUUAAAUUAUCAAGUUAUUCUUCAAGAUUUAAAUGAUAUUACUGAUCCAGAAGAAUUUCUUCAAAUACAAGCUAAAAAUCAAAGAAAAUUAUUAAUAUUUAUUUCAACAUAUGAAGAUGAUACACCACCACCAUCAGCUAAAUGGUUUGUUAAUCAUUUACAAGAUGCUGCAACUGAUUUUCGUGUUUCAAAAAAUGAACUUGAAAAAUUAACCUAUGCUAUAUUUAGAUGUGGAAAUUCAUUUUAUAAUGAUAAUUUUAAUACAGUAGCAAAAGAACUUGAUCGAUGUUUAUCAGAAUUAGGAGCUAAAAAAUUGAUACCAACUGAAUUAGCUGAUGAAAAUUCGGGAAAAAGUAUCUAUGGAGGUCGCGAAGGACAUUAUUCAAAAUGGUCAUCUCAAUUGAAAUCAGCUUUUCAAUCACCAAAAACCGACAAAUGUGAUUGUUCAAAUGAGAAUUCAAUAAAGUGUUGUCAAUCAUUAACAAAUAAUGAUCAUCCAAUUGAGAAAAAGGAGAAUGAUGAACAAUUGAGAAUUGAAAGUGAUGAUGAUGAUGAAGAUGAAGGAUGUAAAAAUGGUAAUGAUGAUAUUAUGGAUUUAGAAGAUAUGGGAGAUUAUAUGGCAACACAUUCACCAACUAAAACAACCAAAGGUCCUCCAAAAGAGAUGAUUACUCCAGUAAUACGUAAAUCAUUAGAAAAACAAUGUUAUAAAUUAAUUGGUACUCAUUCCGGUGUUGAAUUAUGUCGAUGGACAAAGUCAAUGUUAAGAGGACGUGGAGGAUGUUAUAAACAUACAUUUUAUGGAAUUGAAAGUCAUCGUUGUAUGGAAACAACACCAAGUCUUGCAUGUGCAAAUAAAUGUGUUUUUUGUUGGAGACAUCAUACAAAUCCAGUUGGUACAUCAUGGCAAUGGAAAACUGAUGAUGCUCAAACAGUAUGUCAAGGUGCUAUGGAAAAUCAUUAUAAAAUAAUUAAUACAUUUAAAGGUGUACCUGGUGUAUUACCUAAUCGACUUGCUGAAGCUAUGAAAAUUCGUCAUUGUGCAUUAUCACUUGUUGGUGAACCAAUUAUGUAUCCGCAUAUAAAUGAAUUAAUUGAUUUACUUCAUUCAAAACAAAUAAGUUCAUUUCUUGUUACUAAUGCACAAUUUCCUGAUGAAAUAAAAUCAUUAGAACCAGUUACACAAUUAUAUGUUAGUGUUGAUGCAGCAACAAAAGAAUCAUUAAAAAGAAUUGAUCGUCCAUUAUUUCGUGAUUUUUGGGAACGAUUUUUAGAUAGUUUACGAGCAUUAAAAGAUAAAGGUCAACGUACAGUAUAUCGUUUAACAUUAGUUAAAGAUUAUAAUACUGAAGAAAUUGAACAAUAUGCUAAAUUAGUUGAACUCGGUCAUCCUGAUUUCAUUGAAGUUAAAGGUGUUACUUAUUGUGGAGAUUCAAAUGCAAGUCAUUUAACAAUGGCUAAUGUUCCAUGGCAUGAAGAAGUUGUAACAUUUGUUCAAUUUCUUUGUGAUCGUUUACCACAAUAUGAUAUAGCAUGUGAACAUGAACAUUUAAAUUGUCUUUUACUUGCGCAUAAUAAAACACGUGAGAUUGUUUCUUUUGUGAGAGAAGCAAAUGAUACACUUGUAAUAAAUUUAAUUAAAUCCGGCAUUAAAACACAAUCAGUACAUCGUAUGGAAAAUGGUCAAUAUCAAGUUGACUUUUCGGUUAAUGGAAGUCCUUUUUGUUUCAGCGUAGCUAUUGAUGAUCAUAUUGAUAAAAAUCGACAAUUGGUAAACGAUAAAAUACCUGAUUUUAUUCGCGAGUUGGAACAAACAUUGGGCCAAGUAUCACGAAAAAUCUACAAUUUGAAUAGAGAACGUGGUAAACAACAAUCUAAUACUCAACAAGAACAACACCAUGGUCCUACACACAAAAAAAGAACAAGUUUUCGAGGUGAACCAGCACAAAAUUUUAUUGAUCGAGAAGAUUAUCUACAAGGUGCACAGGCAGCUAUUGGUUGGCGUCACCCGGCUCCUGCUCGUCAAAGACAACAUGUUGCACCUGAUCGUGGACCACGUGAUGUACCAAAUCCACAACCAAGUGUUGCUCCAUCUCAAUCACAAAAUUAUGAUUAUAUUUAUGCACCAUACUAUACAUCAGGUCCACGAUUAGCAGAAUAA